UUUCUCCUUUUCAUCAAUUCGAGACAUUCGGAGACCUAUUUUCCUGCACCAAGAUGUACGACGUGUCUUCAAACAUAGACCCAUACGAACUGCAAGCAAAUAAGUUGGGAUUGACAUGGUCGAAACCAGAUUGUAGCAAGUGUGAAACACAAGGCAAGAUGUGUACACUCAAGAACAACGGCACUCGAGACGACAUCGAAUGUUUUGACCGUUAUCACAAACCAAUAAAGAAGAUAGUUUUAGAUGCCACAGCUGUGUUCGUUGGCUCAAUUCUGGUGAUGCUGAUUUUCAUAGCGUGUUUGCGUGUCUAUCGUUAUUUUAAAGCGAAAGGCGAAGAUCAGGCUCGAAUUGAAAAGUUCUUAGAGGAUUACAGGGCACUUAACCCUGCAAGAUUCUCUUAUGCUGAUAUAAAGAGGAUUACAAAUAAUUUUAGGGACAAGUUAGGUGAAGGAGCUCAUGGAGCAGUUUUCAAAGGUAAACUCUCAAAUGAAAUUCUGGUGGCUGUGAAGAUGCUCAACAACACAGAGGGAAAUGGGAAAGAGUUCAUCAAUGAAGUGGAAGCUAUGGGCAAAAUCCACCACAUCAAUGUGGUUCGCUUGCUUGGAUUCUGUGCUGAUGGAUUCUAUCGUGCUCUUGUUUACAAUUUCUUUCCAAAUGGGUCAUUGCAGAACUUCAUAAUUCCACUUCAUGACAUUGACAAGGACCGUUUCCUUGGUUGGGAGAAGCUGCAACAAAUUUCUCUUGGCAUAGCUGAAGGGAUUGAGUAUCUUCAUCAGGGUUGUGAUCAUCGAAUUCUUCACUUUGACAUUAAUCCUCACAAUGUUUUAUUAGAUGACAAGUUUGUUCCAAAAAUUUCGGAUUUUGGUUUGGCAAAGUUGUGUUCUAAGAAUCAAAGCAUAGUGUCAGUAACUGCUGCCAGGGGGACCUUAGGUUACAUUGCACCUGAAGUUUUUUCGAGAAACUUUGGAAACGUGUCUUAUAAAUCUGAUAUAUAUAGUUAUGGGAUGUUAUUGCUUGAAAUGGUUGGAGGUAGAAAGAAUAUAGGCAAGUCAUCUGAUGAAACUUUACAAGUUCUGUAUCCAGAAUGGAUUCAUAAUCUACUUGAAGGACGAGAUAUACAUAUAGAAAUUGAGGGAACUGAAGAUCUUAAAAUUGUAAAGAAACUUGCAAUUGUUGGACUUUGGUGCAUUCAGUGGCACCCAGUGAACCGUCCAUCCAUGAAAGCUGUGCUGCAAAUGUUGGAGGGUCAAGAUGAAGGAAAUUUAAUGGUGCCUCCAAGUCCUUUUGAUUCAACAACUUCCAUUGGUACUACAAUUCCGGCAAGAUAUUCAAGCUUGGAGUUGGAAGUUAUACAAGAAUGAGAGAAGGUAAUCAUUGUAAAAAGAAUCUAAAUA